AUGGCGGUGGCUGACGACGACCUCGCGAUUGUGGUGCCUGACGCUGACCUCGCGAUGGUGGUGCCUAACGAUGACCUCGCGAUGAGAAUGAAAGAUGUGGAAACCAGUGCGUCUGCAUCAGGUCCGAAGGGGCCAGGACCUGCAUCGAAAACAAAUGAACUAGAACUUGGCGAGAUACAUGUUUCUGCAAAGGAAGGAGAAAUUGAAGAUCUUAAAAAGCAUAUGGAGACGUGUUUACAUAAUUUGGUUUCAGAUAGCAGAAAAAGAACUCCUUUGCACUUGGCUGUGGACAAUGGUCACCUAGGUGCUGUUGAGCUUCUUGUCAGUUCAAAUGCAGACGUCAAUGCUCAGGACAAUCAAGGUCAGACACCACUUCAUUAUGCUGUCCGUCGUGAGAAGGAAGACAUCGCCCAACUUCUUGUGAAGCACCAUGCUGAUCUCCAGAUUAAGGACGGCGACGGGAACACCGCACCUGACCUCUGCUCCUCGGCCUGGCCGUUCCUGAAGCCAGCAAACUGAUGUCGCACAGUUAGCUCAGGCAAUACGUUGACUAAGAAACAUACCGUGCUCCUCGAACGAUUAGCUGAAUGAACCAGAUGAGACCUCUUUGAAUACAUAGGCUGUUGCCAAAACGUCGAAAGAUAUCUCAGUACAGGGUAGACAUCUUGUAGU